AUGAGUGCGCGAGGUCGGAAGAAGGUACUGUUCGUGAGGACGAGAUACAGGACAAGGGGGUUCAGCCCGCCGCCUUCGCCCCUGGGCCCGGCAGAUGGUGAGACUAGCGCUGGCACUGAUCAUGGUACUGAUACUGCUGACCCUACACUUCCAUCGCCAGCUGUCGUUGAAGCUGGGGCCAGACCUGGGGUUAGCCCCGGGGCUGAAGAAGCGGUGUCCAUUUCAAAAUCUGCAGCCGCCGACGCAACAGCAGAGGGGGACAUCGCCGCGGAAACGCUCGGGCCAAUAUCCACCAAGCGAGGAGGAGUCGAAGAGGAACCCAGCAGUUCGGGCGAACCCAUUGCUUAUAUACAUGUAGCUGGCACUGCAUCACCUCGGGCCAUAUCCCCUGCCACUCCCGCACCUGCAGCACCAGGAGUAUAUAGAGCUGGAAGAACCCGCGCUGGUACCUGCAUGUACUCACACUCAUCUCCCAUUCGCCCGCUCAUGGACUCCGACUCUGGCCCCAGCACAGACCCCAUAUCGGCCGCGGACGCCGCGCUGAUUGAGAUCUCGAACCACAACUUUUUCACCCGUCACCGCAUCCACGAAGCCGCUGUCGCGCACCAGGUCGCGUGCGAGAUUGCUUUGGAGCGUGUGAAGCAGCAUCAGAGGCUCGGCACACGCCCUGACGACUGGGAUGAGGAUCUGGCGCUGGAGGGACUGCCGCCGGUGCAGAGAUGGAAGAAGAGGCCUGGGCCUGGGGAUGGGCUCGAGGAGAAGGAGAAUGAACGCUGA